AUGAAGACCGCCUUUUCGUUUAUGAUGCUGACAAUCAUGGUAAUUAUGAUGACGUCAGUAAUGUCACGUGGCGUUUCGUCCCGUCGUGCCUAUAGAGGUAAGUUACUCUUGCACUCUAUUGUUCAAAGCGCUCAGAAUUGUACUCUAUUUUUGCCCUCAUGGUAUUUAAAAAAUAAAACUGUUUCUUAAUAAUAUUACGACUUCAUUAAUUUGAUAAAGACUUAGUAUUUGAAAGAAAAUAAUAUAAUACCCUUGGAACAAGCUUUCAGCUAUAAAACUACAUUUAGCAACUAUUCGCCUGUUCCAGGCGUUCAGAUAGUGGGGAGCGGUGCGAAGAAAAAGGGAGCGCGAAAAAAUAAAAGCGAGGGAGGGGGGAGGUGAGAGAAGGGACCCGCACCUCUCUCCCCAGUCCCCCUCUACUUUUCAUCGCUAUCCCUAGUACUUCGCACCGCUCUCCACUAUCUGAACGCUUGGAACAGGCUAAGCAACUAUUGCUUGCGUCUUCUAAAUAUGGCAAGUGUCGGCUGGUUAUGGAGAAUUAGAAGCCAAUCAGAAACGACGAAAUAUUUGAAAGAAAUUAUAACUUUAAUCAUCAGUUUCAUUUUUUCUUCCUAGGGCUUUUUUCUAAAUUCUCCUUUCAUUUUCUUUUCUCUCAGUCUGGGAGUCUUCAUGGUUUGUUAGAUACAAGUCAAUAUGAAGUUUGUUAUUGAUUUCUAGCUGGAUUUUUAAAAACGUUUCUUUAAAAUUGCGGCUCUUCCGUCGAAAGUAGCCAAAACUAAAACACUAAGAUUACAAUUACUGCUUUUUCUCUCUUCUCCCCUCUUUUUUCUCCUCGCUCACUUUACCCAACAUUUGACAAAUUGAACGUAAUAGAAUAUGAUGGAUGAAUUUUGAAAUGCGUGAAUUCACUUUUUUCGCCAAAGUCGUCGUCUUUGUUGCGUAAACUCCUUUGAAAAUAAAAGAAACGAUUCCGUUAAAUCAAACACAGUCCCAUGGUUGAAUUCGAACAGAAACAAACCAGUUUCUCGAACAACCUCACCAAAACGGCGACUCAAGGCUGCUAGCACAAGGCCCUUAGGAUUGUAUCGCGAACAGAUAGCUCCCUUCUGGGCUCGUUCGCUCUCUUCAGUACCGCGAAGACUCGACUCGACUUCUUGCAGUCUGUCUUGACGGGGUAGCACUUAAAAAUUACCUUGCUUACUUACUUCUGCAUUUCACAAUUCCAGAGCUUCGUGCAAGAUAUUUCAGAACAAACCGGGCUGAGUUUGACAGACCCGCCUACAUGAAUGAACCAGCCGUAGAAUGCGGACAGUGCUUUCCACUGUGCUAUCAGGUAGGCGACGACGGAUACCAGAUUAACACGUGUGCGUCAGAAUGCUACUGUGCAAAGAAACGAAGUGUGGACACUUACUUUGACGAACCUUUUAUGGACGCCAAGGAUCCAGAAUUUUGCGGAGAAUGCUUUCCAUCUCCUGGCGGAUGUUAUGAGAAUGGUGACAACACAGACCAGAUAACCACCUGUCUUGAUGAAUGCAAGUGUGUUUAG